AUGAUGAACAUGGAUGAUCGGUUAAAGGGCCCCAUUUCAGGGCCCUUGAUUUUACUAUUCGGAUCUCUUCCCUUGUCCUUCGACGAGGCUUCCUUUACCGAGUUACGGAAAACCGUGAUUGAAGCCGAUUCACACGACUGGAUUCUUAAAGCUAUUGCCGAACUCCCGCAAUGUUGGAGGACUAUCAUCGCAGCACUUCCAAAUCUCGAAGACUGGUCAGCUCUCAAUCAGUUGGAAAAUCUAGACUUUGCCUUUAGGACUGGACAACAGCUCAAGAUCCCGUUCCUGCUUCCGAACGCGCUCCUGAUCCCUCUUGCUGUUAUAUCUCACCUGGCACAGUAUACUGCUUUUCUUCACAGUAACCAACUUGACCUGGACAACAAGUCUGACCACCUCCUUGAUUCAAAGCAUGGCGCAGAGACGCUUGGUUUCUGCACAGGGCUCCUCAGCGCUUUCGCUGUAUCAAGUGCAACUCAUAGGGAGGAGUUCGUCAAGUAUGGCGCCGUCGCAGUUCGUCUUGGCCUGCUGAUUGGAAUGGUUGUGGACUCUCAGGAUAGAGAGUCUGAACUUGGAACUUCAAAGUCUCUCGCCACUCUCUGCAACACCGCUGAGAGCGCUGAGGAGGUUUUGCGUGUCCUGAAGCACUUCCCUGAGGCCUACGUUUCCGUCAAUUAUGAUGAAUAUCGAGUCACUGUGACCGCGGCAUCCUCAACGGUUUCGAAGUUGCAGCAGCAGCUGAAAUCGUCCGGUGUGAUGGUAUCUGAAGUAGGCCUAUUCGGACGCUUUCAUGCCGAAUGUCACCGACCUCAGUUAAGUUCAUUAGUUGAAUUCUGUAAUACCCAUCCAGAAUUUCAACUCCCUGAUGCAUCGCAGCUAGUGAUACCCACUAGAUCAAACAGUGGAGGGGAGUUGAUCACCAAAGGGACCUUGCACAGCCAUGCUUUGACGUCUAUUCUGGUAGAGCCUCCACAAUGGUAUCGGACUUUCUCCACUGUUCGUGCUGGCAGCCUAAAUGAUAAAAAUGCCGCCAUCUUCUCGUUUGGCUCCGAACGGUGCAUACCACCCUCACUCAUGCGCCGUUUGAGCCAACAGGUGGUCUAUGUGGCGGAUCGAGAUCUAACCAACGGGCAAUUCGAGGGAUUGCAGAAGGACCAGCGGACCUACUCGGACAAUGACAUUGCCGUCGUCGGUAUGUCAUGUAAAUUCGCCGGCGCGGAGGACCUAGAGGAGUUCUGGAACCUUUUAUGUUCAGGGAAAUCACAGCACAGGGAGGUUCCUAAGGAGCGGUUUGGUUUCGAAACAGCAUUCCGUGAUACCGACCCGAAGCGGAAGUGGUUUGGCAACUUUGUCAAUGGCCACGAUAUGUUUGACCAUAAAUUCUUCAAGAAAAGCCCACGCGAGAGCGCUACAAUGGAUCCUCAGCAGCGUCAUCUUUUACAGAUUGCCUACCAAGCUGUCGAACAGUCUGGCUACUUCCACUCGGCCAAUCCGGAGAAGAACAUUGGAUGUUAUAUGGGCGUUUGUGCGACUGACUAUGAGAAUAAUAUCGCUUGUCAUGCGCCCAACGCAUUCUCUGCAACUGGGAAUUUGCAAGGCUUUAUUGCAGGAAAAGUCAGCCAUUACUUCGGCUGGACAGGCCCAGGGCUUACCAUUGAUACAGCCUGUUCUUCAUCAACUGUCGCUGUGCAUCAGGCAUGCCGCGCAAUUAUUAGUGGAGAAUGCAAUGCCGCCCUCGCAGGGGGGACCCAUAUUAUGAGCGGCCCUCUCUGGUUCCAAAAUCUUGCAGGGGCCUCUUUUUUGAGCACCACAGGGCAAUGCAAGCCUUUUGAUGCUGACGCUGAUGGCUACUGCAGAGGCGAGGGCAUUGCUGCUGUGUUCCUAAAGAAGGCUUCUGCUGCCAUUGCUGAUGGGGACCAAAUCUUGGGUGUCAUUGCUGCAACAGCUGUGCAACAAAAUCAGAACUGCACUCCUAUCUUUGUCCCCAAUGUUCCCUCCUUAUCCAGCCUGUUCUGUGCUGUCAGGAAUCAAGCCCGCAUCAAGCCGGCGGAAAUUUCCGUUGUUGAGGCACAUGGCACCGGAACUGCUGUUGGAGACCCUGCCGAAUAUGACAGUAUCCGGAAAGCCCUCGGUGGGCCGGCAAGGACGGGCCCUCUUAUGCUAGGUUCGGUCAAGGGCCUCGUCGGUCACAUUGAAUGCACGUCCGGAAUUGUUUCAAUUAUCAAGGUUCUGCUCAUGAUCCAAAAGAGCAUGAUUCCUCCCCAGGCAAGCUUCAAUACAAUAAACCCGGCCAUCGAUGCUACCCCGGCAGAUAAUAUGAGCAUUCCCACGAAAUUACAGGCAUGGAACACCGAUUUCAAGGCAGCACUUAUCAAUAACUACGGCGCGUCAGGAUCUAACGCUUCGAUGGUUAUCACGCAACCGCUAGUUCCCAGAUCUAAGACGGCUCCGGAGAGCCCUAUCGAAGUGGCCGCCGGGACCAAGUUCCCAUUCUGGUUCUGUGGUCUUGACGACCAAAGCCUUCGUCGGUACUCUGAAGCUUUCCGCAAGUUUAUUGCUGGACAAAGCUCUUCAACGAAGGGACUUUCGUUGUCUAACAUCUCCUUUAACCUUGCCCGCCAAAGUAAUCGUUCCCUCGAGCGUAGCUUGAUGUUUAGUGUUCGAUCAGUGGAUGAACUACUGCAGAAGCUAGAGAUGUUCGAGAAGGGCGAUAUGAGCGUUGCUAGUGCUGCAACUACCGCCCAGCCUCGGCCAGUCGUGCUCUGCUUUGGUGGCCAAGUCUCUACAUUUAUUGGUUUGGAUCCAAAUGUGUACAAACGUGUGGCUAUCCUCCAAAAACACCUUGACACUGUCGAUGCGGCUGCACGCUCACUCGGUGCUGGGAGUAUCUUCCCAAGUAUAUUCGAGCGUUCACCCAUUCAGGAUACUGUUAAGUUGCAGCUUAUACUAUUUGCGAUGCAGUAUGCUUGUGCUCACAGCUGGAUUGACUCAGGCAUUCAGCCAGCUGCAGUUGUGGGCCAUAGCUUCGGCGAGCUCACAGCUCUUUGCGUCUCGCAAAUCCUCUCCCUAGAAGACAGCUUGAGGAUGGUUGUGAGCCGCGCUACUCUUGUUCGGGACGCUUGGAGUGGUGAUAAAGGCGCCAUGAUAGCGGUGGAAGCUGACGUGGAGGAUGUUGAGAAACUUCUGAGCGAGUCAAGCAAAAACUGUCCAGGGGAGAUUCCAGCCAGCAUUGCCUGCUACAACGGACCCAGGAGCUUCACUAUUGCUGGUUCUACAGCGUCUAUCGAAGCCGUCGCUGCUUCUAUCUCCACACCAGCUUUUUCAUCGAUGAGAGCGAAGAGACUGAAUCUAGAACAGGGUUCCAAAAAUCUAAAUUUUGGCGAACCCAUAAUUCCCAUGGAGAGGGCAACUGAAUUUCCUCAUCAAGAAAAACUCACCCCUAGGUUUGUUUCGGACCACAUCCGUUCCCCGGUGUUCUUCCACCACGCGGUGGAGCGACUCUCUAAGCGUCACCUAUCAUGCAUUUUUUUAGAAGCUGGUUCCAACUCCACGAUUACUUCCAUGGCAAGCCGAGCGCUUGGUAAUCCUGGUAGUUCGCACUUCCACGCUGUCAAUAUCACAUGCGACAAUGGAAUCAACAAUCUCACUGACACCACGUUGAGCUUGUGGAGGGCUGGCCUGAAAGUAGACCAUUGGCCACAUCAGACUGCACAAACAAAAGAGCAUACUCCUCUAUUGCUUCCUCCAUAUCAGUUCGAUAAGGUGUCCCAUUGGAUCGAGCUUAGGGGCCCCCCUAAGGUAUCAUCGACGCCAACCUUGCCGAAGGAGGAAGAAGAAAGGGUCCCUGACCAACUUCUCACCUUCGUUGGAUAUCAAGAUGGCAGGAAGCGCCUCGCUAAGUUCCAGAUCAACACGAUGAUCUCGAAGUAUGAUAGGCUUAUCGUCGGUCACGUCAUCGCGGAAACUGAGCCCAUUUGCCCAUCAACGGUGCAGUUGGAUCUUGUCGUCGAGGCCAUUCGCAAUCUCCGCCCCGACCUCAUGGCUGCAAAACUGAUGCCGCAGAUCCAUGGCGUUCAAAAUCAGUCUCCUAUCUGCAUCAACGCAGCGCGGGCAGUUUGGAUCGAGGUUAAUGAAGACGACACGAGCACAGCCCCAUCCUGGAAUUUCGAGGUAUUCAGCACCGACUUGGCAAACAGCACCUUGAAAACACUUCAUACAACUGGUAAAGUACUCUUCCGGCCUUCAGAUGACCUGAUGAUUAGACUUGAAUUCGCGCGGUUUGAGCGGCUGAUCGGCCAUCAAAACUGUUUGAAUCUGUUAACGAGUGGUGAGGUAGAUGAAAUUCUCAAGAGCACGAACAUCUACAGGAUAUUCGCUGAGAUUGUUGACUAUGGUGAGGACUAUCGCGGUCUCGAGAAACUUGUCGGUCGUGGCAAUCAGUCCGCUGGGUAUGUUGUCAGGAAGUGCGAUAGCGAAUCAUGGCUUGACGCCCACCUUGUCGACAGCUUCUGUCAAGUUGGAGGUAUUUGGGUAAAUUGCAUGACAGAUCGAGCUCCAACGGAUAUAUUUAUUGCCAAUGGGAUUGAGCAAUGGAUAAGGUCACCGAAGUUUUACCACGGAGACCUCAAUCCAAAGGCCUUCCACGUGUUUGCAACCCACCACCACCCUUCGGAGACAUCAUAUCUCACGGAUGUUUUUGUUUUUAAUGCCAGCAGCGGUGCACUAGUUGAGGCAAUUCUCGGUAUCAGCUAUGUCAGAAUUCCAAAGGUUUCAAUGAGCAAGCUACUUUCAUGUCUUACCGUGAGGAAUGCCCAUGGUUGCGUUGCAAAACACUCAGGGUCAGUCAAGGUGGAGCGAGCCGCUAAUUCCACGAUUACCCUGUCACCAGAGUCCACCAUAUCGGCCAACCACGCACCAAAUAUCACCAAACCGGCAAAGGGGAAGAAGCAGUCUCAGAGUCUAGACGUGAGCCCGAAGGUAAAGGCAAUUCUAGUAGAGCUCUCGGGUCUUGAGUUGGAUGAGAUUAAAGAUGAUAGCCAACUUGCUGACCUCGGUAUCGAUUCUCUCAUGGGAAUGGAGAUGGCCCAUGAGAUUGAGCAAGCAUUCAAUAUUACGCUUCCUGAAAGUGAGCUCAUGCAGAUUGUGGACAUGUGUAACCUACUCAAGUGUGUUCAGAGCGCUGUGAAUCGCUCUACAGGCGGGGAGGUCGCUGCCAACAGUGAUUACGGGGAGUCUGACGAUAGCUAUGAAAGAUCAAACACCAAUAACGAGUUCACCGCUUCUACUAUUCAAACCAACCCAAGCACUCCUGUGCCCGAGGCGGAAAGAGAUCUUCUGAACAAAGAACCUACCGGCCUCGAACUCCCUUUCGCCACAGUCAUGGAAGCAUUCAACGAAACAAAACAGUUAACGGAUGAGAAAAUUGCCGAGUAUAACCAGACCAACUACGUUGAUAUGGUCAUGCCGGUCCAAACACAACUGUGUAUUGCACUUACCCUUGAGGCCUUUGAUGAGCUAGGAUGUAAUCUGCGGGAGGCAAAGCCCGGGCAGAAGCUAGCUCGCAUUUCACACCCUUCGGAACAUAGGCGUUUGGUGGAUUACCUUUACCGGAUGCUUGCAAAGGAAGCGCUGCUGAUAAACCUCGAUGGCGACACUAUCACGCGAACUACCACUCCACCUCCGCCAGAAUCCAGCAAGGACAUCCUCGAGCAGCUACUCAAACGCUUCCCGGAUCAAAAUACGGCAGAUAGACUUACCUUCUACACCGGUUCUAAUCUAGCGGAGGUGCUGCGAGGCAAUACAGAUGGGAUCAAGUUGAUCUUCUGUACAGAGGAGGGUCGCGAGCUUGUCUCAGGCCUGUAUGCUGACUGGCCCCUGAACCGGUUGUUCUAUGCACAGAUGGAAGACUUCUUGUGUCGGCUUAUCUCGAAGCUCGAUAUGAGCACUGGCCCACUCAAGAUUCUGGAGAUGGGUGCUGGUACUGGUGGAACAACUAAGUGGAUUGUUCCUCUUUUGGCAAAGUUGAACGUGCCAAUCGAGUAUACCUUUACAGACCUUGCGCCGUCCUUUGUCGCUGGUGCAAGGAAAAAGUUCAAACCUUACCAAUUCAUGAAGUUCAGAACCCAUGAUAUUGAGAAGGCGCCUGCGGACGAUCUCAUCGGGACUCAACAUGUCGUUAUUGCAAGCAAUGCUGUUCACGCGACACACAGCUUGUGUGAGUCGGCAAAGAAUAUCCGUAAGGCAUUACGGCCAGAUGGGCUCCUUAUGAUGCUGGAGAUGACGGGUACACUCUACUGGGUCGAUAUGAUCUUUGGGCUAUUUGAAGGUUGGUGGUUCUUCGAUGAUGGCCGCACACAUGCUGUUACAUGCGAGUCCAGAUGGGAGAAGGAUUUACAGUCUGUUGGCUAUGGGCAUGUUGAUUGGACGGACGGUAACAUGCCGGAAAACAAGGUUGAGAAGCUGAUUAUCGCAAUGGCUUCGGGUUCUAGGUGCGACAGACUCCGAAUUCCUUCCACCCCCAAGCCUAUUGAGAUUCGAUCAGCUGACUGUGCCGCUCGACAAGCAGUCGUCAAUAAAUACGUGCAGGAGCUGACCGACGGCUUUGCCGCGGCUGUCGUCGAUGAAUUAUCGGCCUCUCUUCCGAAGCAUAAUCCGAAGGGCAAAACUGUGCUCGUGACAGGCGCCACCGGCAGCUUGGGAUCCCACAUAAUUGCCAAACUUGCGAAUCUCCCAGAUAUCAGGCGCGUUGUAUGCCUCAACCGGCGAAGUAGACAGGUACCCAAAGAGCGGCAGCAACAGGCUCUGACAAAGAAAGGCAUCAGUAUUAAUCCGGAAGCUUCCAGAAAAUUGUGUGUGAUUGAGACAGACCUGUCAAAACCUAACCUUGGUCUACUAACGGUCGACUAUGAAGACCUUGUCAACAAUGUCACCGAUAUCAUUCACAAUGCAUGGCUCAUGAAUGCCAAGUGGCCUGUCAAGAACUUUACACCCCAGCUUCAGAUUAUGCGCAACCUGCUCAAUCUCGCUCGUAAGAUAUCAAGCAGACGGUCGCAGGGAACCAAGGUGACGUUCGAGUUCAUCUCCUCAAUUGCGACCGUCGGGCACUGGCCCAUCUGGACGGGCAAGGUUAAUGUUCCUGAGGAGCGGAUGACAAUCGAAUCCGUGCUACCCACAGGCUAUGGUGAUGCCAAAUACAUUUGCGAGUGUAUGCUUGACGAAACGUUGCACAAAUACCCAGACCGAUUCCGUGCCACGGCUAUCCGGCUUGGGCAGGUUGGAGGCUCCAGCGCAAGCGGUUACUGGAAUCCGAUGGAGCAUCUGUCGUUCGUGUUUAAAUCUUCUCAGACACUUCAGGCCCUACCGGACUUUGAUGGGCUUCUCUCCUGGACACCUGUAGACGACGUCGCCAGCACGCUUGUCGAUAUCCUGAUGUUGCCCGAAGAGACGACCUUAUAUCCUAUUUACCACAUCGACAACCCGGUUCGUCAACCAUGGAAGGAAAUGAUUCCCGUGUUGGCGGAUGCCAUGGAUAUACCGCCACAGAACGUUAUCCCAUUCAAAGAUUGGGUACAGCGCGUGAUAGAUCAUCCAAGGCGGGUGGAAGGCCCCGAGGGCGAGAACCCAGCAAUUAUACUGAUAGACUUUCUUGACGGGAACUUCCUUCGCAUGUCAUGUGGUGGACUUCUGCUUGAUACGGCGAAGGCGCGAGAGCACUCAAGGACCCUGGCAAAUGUUGGGCCUGUGAGCGAGCGGGUGGCUAGGUUGUUUGUUAAAAGCUGGAAGGAUAUGGGGUUUUUGAAUUAA